UUCGAAAUGAUAUGCUAAAGUAGCUUGCAGCUGUAUUUAGGCGAUGAUGAUUUCUUAUCUUGGCACGUGUCUGCUCGCACCAUUUUUUAUUCAUGGAUAGUUAAACUAAUAUUGAUUGCCGAUGCCGACUGGUUGUUGCUGCAUGGAAUAUGUUGCAUUUUCGAGAUAUACCAAAGUGUGUGACGCAGACAGACGCGGCGUCGACCAGUGUGCCAUAUCAACUGCCAGCUGCUCAGCGCCAUCAGCCAGCACGCCCUGUCGGCUGUCGGCUGCCGUAUCAGCGCCACGUCAGCUCCCGCUGAUAACUCCCGCCUGGGCCGCUGAUAGCGGCGGCGGGAGCGGACUGGGCGCGCGGACGCCGACGCUCGGCGCUGAACGGCGUCACCCCGCGGCGGAAGAGGUCGGCCAGAGACGAUCAGUCGCCGAGAGCGUUCGUCCAGGCGCCGGGAAAGUGCGACGGCAACGGCAGCAGGCAUGAGUCGGCGCUGAACGCCAUCGAUCGCGACGAACCGGCUUGCCAGUGGCUGCUUAACUGAAGGCCACCGACCGCGCCACGUGGCGCCGGUCGGAGUCGACGCCGGCCUGGUCGUUAGAGGGACUUGGCACCCCAUGCAGUCAUACGACGACUCCUGACAUGACCACGGAGCUCAUAGCCGAGUACACGGCCGAGCUUUUCGAGAAGUAUGAACGGCUCAAAGCUGGCGAUGACUCCAUCCCGUUCUGGGACCUGGUGGUGCUGUGCUGCACCAACGAAGCGCGCGUCGAGGCGGCGUUCCGCCGCUGUCUGGCGCGACACGCGCUGCCGCCGGCCGCCUCCUACCGGGUGGCGGCCGACCCGCCCGGGCCCAAGGUGGAGUGCGGCGGCGCCACGCUCCACCUGCUGCAGACGCUGCGCGCCGAGCUCGGCGACCAACUCGACUCGCUGCGCGUGCUGGUCAUCCACGCAGGCGGCUUCAGCAAGCGACUGGUGCACCAUGCCGUGCUGGGCAAGAUUUUCAGCCCGCUGCCGGUGGGCGGCCGUUCGCUAACCAUGCUGGACGUCAAGCUGACCAUGUACCUGCCGUACGCGGCGCUGCUGCCGGCUGGCAUGUUCUUCACCGGUUGCGACGACAUCCAGCUAGCCUGGCUGCCGCCACGGCUACCAGAGGAUCUGUUUGCCGACGGCAUGGAAGGCUUUGUGGCGCUGGCCCACCCAGCCCCGGUGUCAGUGGCAGUCAACCAUGGCGUGUACGUGCUGCCACCUGACGAGAAGCACGGGAAUGAACAUUUGUACACAUCGCCUUGUGAGGAGGUGCUGCAGAAACCCAGCGAGCAGCUGAUGCGAGAACGAGGAGCAGUCCUCGUGGCAGGUGACCAGGAGACGGUGCACAUUGACGGCGCGUUCUGGAUCAGCCCGUCAGCGCAGCGCCGCCUUGAGAAGCUGUACGUCCGUCUGCUGCCGCUGACCGAGGAGCUGAGCGCGUACCGCGACUUCCUGCCGUGUCUGGGGCGCCGGCGGCCCAGUCACUACCAGUCGGACGUGCUGCCGCAGCUGGCGGCCGACUCGGCGCGCGCGCUCACCUUCGACGCCCUGCAGGGGGUACCGCUGCGCGUGCUGGUGGUGCCGCGCUCCCGGUUCUUCCACCUGGGCACGCUGCCCGAGUACCUGGAGCACCUGAGCGGCGGCGGCGGCCCGGCCGCCGUGCUCAGCUCGCUACUGUCGGCCGAGGCGCGGCUGGCGGCCGGCGCGCUGGCAGAGUUCUGCCGGCUGGACGGCCACGUCACGGCCGGCGACGGCGCCCUGCUCAGCCACUGCCACGUGGCCGGCAUGGCCGAUGCCAUGGAGCACCGCGACCCGCUGGCCAUGCUCGAGUUCCGGGAGAUCAUUGACAAAGAGCUGGACGCCGCGGCGGGAGCGGAGGAAGUCGGUGACCGGGGCUAG